UAUUUCCCUCUGAAAUGUAGCGGAGUAGAAGUAGAAAGGGCAUGAAAAGAAGUAAAGUACAAAUACCACCAUAGACUGUAUAUGUGAGUACCACCGCUGCAACUAGGAUACUUCAACAGGGUGAUUAGGAAGCCAUGUACAGUGUAUUGUGCCAAGUUGAGGAUAUAGCAUCAGACACCUGUGCAGUGUGGUGCAAUAUAAUAAAACAGCCCUGCAACAGAUAUCUGAAGUCCCUCUAUGGUCAUUUUGAGUGCAUAGUUUGUAGUAUGUAAUGGCUGUAAAGCAUGCUCUCUCUCCUCCAUAUACAUUAUAGAGACAAAACAAUUAAGGAAUCUAAAACUGGAUUACUAGCUAGGAAAAGAGGGCAAUUGCCUCAGGGAUAAUCCCAGCACUCCAGGGGCCCCGAAGGCUCCACUCUUACUGUGUGUCACCUGUUUAGAGCUAAUUAAAUUGAAAAUGUAUUAUUAUUAAUAUUCACCACUUACACACACUAAAUUACAUACAGCAAUAAGGGCCUUAAGUGCAUGGGUCCUGUCAUGUCUAAAUCUAGCUUUAAGGCCUUCAUUAAUUCAGUUUUGUUCCAUAUUCCUAAAUGAAUGUGAUGAAUUAAAUUGCCACACAGCAAAUCAAAGUUUUUCUAUACUAGAAAAACUGUACACAAAGCUCAGAGAGUGGGAGGGAUGGGGGGCCUCCUCACAGGUUAAUCCACCCAUGAAUCUAAUACAAAACCAAAAAUAAGUAUAUGUGUUCAUCAUUAAAGUGUAUUAUAUACAAGUAUAAUAUGAUAUUGUUUAAAAUACAUUUGACUUAUUUCCACUUUAGAUGUUGGUCCAUUAGGCUCUUUGGGACACCAAUAACUGGGAACACAAAACGUUAAUUUCAAAAACGGUUGUUUCGACACCAAAGUGUAAUAAUACAACACCACAUGCAUGUGCACACCCCUUGUUUUGAUGUUUUAGAUCAUGUCAUGGGGCCGUAAUACAGCCAGCUUUGGAGCUCUGUGAGAGCUCAUUUACACUAACUUUUAACUUGAAAACGUGAAAAAACGUUUGUUAGACAUUUUCAGACUCUACAAAUUAUAUACUGACAAUGGGUGCAUAUGAGGUGGUAAUUUGGGGUAUUUAGUAACAGUGAGUUGGUUGCUAGCAAAGCAUAAGAAGAAGGGAUCUUAUUGCUGGAUCUGCAGGAGGUAUGAUAACAUUUUUAAAGGUUGAACUUUGGCUAAAGGAAAUGACAAUUUAAUGUUUUUCAUUUUUUACAGCUUAUAUUUGUGUUGUUGGCUGACUUGUACUGUCAGGCUGUGUGUUUAUCAUCUGAUCUGACGCUUGUGUUUGCAGGAGCAUCUGGUGUUGUAGUUGGGUACCCUUUUGACACUGUAAAGGUAUAGCUGAAUACACACAGUCCUUACUGCUGCUUGAUGACUCAUGCGUCUUAGAAAUUUGACAUUCAAUGGACCAUCUUUUUCUCCUUUAUAAACUCUUUGGUGAACAUUCAAAGCAUGCACAGAGGAAUUUGACAUUGUAUCCGUUCAACAUAGAAGAAUGAGGGGUUGAGUGCCUUAAACUGUCACAUAUGGUCAGUGACACUUGCUUUUUCACUUCUGCAGCAUAGUUUGAACUUUGUGUGUCUAUAGUAUUGACAAACAGUAAUCAUGGUGAACUCUGCCUGCAAUCCCACCACCUACCCACAUAAACACACAUCUGGAACACUAUCAUCCAAUUAUUAUUGAGCUCGCUGUGCUUAAGCCUGUCUUCUCUUAGGUGUAUGGUUUCUACAAGGCCAUGGCGAUGCCAGUCACAGCUGAGUCCCUCAGCGUCUCUGUGGCGUUCGGGACCUAAAGGAAUGCCCUUCAGUAUCUCUGUAAACUUUGGCAUUGGAGCGCUGAUGCCGGGCCUGCCAAGCGUGACGUCUUCCUCUCAGGCCUGACUGGAGGAAUUGCACAGGUUUUAUUGGUGUCCACAGCUGACAUGGUGAAGGUGCGUCUGCAGUGUCAGAGGGUUGCCUAUUCGAAAUUCACAGCAGAAGCCCCAGCCUGGUUGGCUCUGAGAGAUGGACCCUUCUUUGCCAGCUUUCUUUCUACUUCUCAUAUCAUCUGUGAACAGCUGUCGACCCCGGGACAGAGCCAACCAGUUCAAUCCAAACACAACUUACCUGUAAAUUAUAUGAGCCUGAUCAAAGCUCGUCUCCAGAUGGACUGGAUUGGUGAGCGAAGGUACCGAGGCUUUUUCCACUGUAUCGCAGAUAGAGUACGCCCUGAGGGGCUUAGUGUCUUCCUAAAGGGCCUGAGUCUCAACUGCAUGCAAGCCUUCCCGUCUACAUGGGCAGUCUUCUCCGUGUAUGAAAUAGUGAUGCACUUGCUCAAACACUCGACUUAACUCUACCUACAACUUUUUUGUCUCCCCCUCCUCCUUUAUGAUAAAAGUGGAUCACGCCAGAACUGUCUUACUUUUCACCUUUGCAUGAGGUAAUUCUCUCAUAGUUUGACAGGGGACAUGUGAAAGAAAGGAUACUGAAAAAUUAAAAUAAUGCCGGAAUUAAAUAUUUUUCUGUAAAGCUCUGCUUUAUUUUAUAUUUUAAUAUUUAUGUAUAAAGUAUGUAUUUAAGUAAGCGAUAUUAUUAUACAGAAAAUUAUCUGGGGCUGUAGGUGUGGAGUAUAAAACUGAUGCUGACAAUGUUUCUGUUUUUGCAGUGGUUUUCAGGCAUCUUAAGUACUUGUUUAAAGUGAUAUAAAACAGGUUUCAGUGUUAAUGUGCAUAAGUUUCACUUUUUAGGGAGUUGUCCUUCCCGUAAAACAGCACAUUCUUCUCACUGCAUUUUACUGUAUCAGUACUGAAAAAUCUGAAAUAGACCAGGAUUUGCACUCUUUGCAGUAACAUUGUGCUGUAUAUGUUAAUAAUUAAUUAUGCAAAUUAUUUCAGUUAUUCAAUUAUAAUUAAUUCUUUAUUCAUUAAUUAAUUUUUUGCAGAGAACACCUGGGCAAAAUGUCAUGUUUUAGAAAUGGCAUGUUUUCACAAAUUUCCCUUUGAGUGGUUAUACUGUGAAGAAGUUGAUAUGACUGCUCCCCGUCUUGAGAACCCCUCCCGAGUCCAGCAGCAGCAGAUAAAAACGUCCAUGUUUUGCUCAGUAUUAUUUUUGAAACCUAUCUCUAUAAAAAAUUACGUUUAUCUUUAUUAUGACCUUUCAGUUUUAUUUGCAAAUUCUCGCACCCACCUCCAUGUUACUGACAUAUACAGUACGUUAAUACUGUGUCCUACUUGGCUGCAUUAUCAUCAUUAAAGGACCAAUAAUAUAUUGUUUUAUCUGAAAUUAUUGGUAUAUUCAA